AAAAAAAUAAUAAUAAUAAUAAUAAUUAGUACCGUCGAACGUAAUUAAAUGAUCAUAGAUAGCAAAUUAAAAAGAAAAAUUUACUCUUCUUAUUUUGUAAUGCAUUUCGUUGUACAUCCCUUUGUUUAUUUCGUACUCGCGUGCGUGUGUAUACUGUCACGUGAGUUAAAUGUACGCACGCUUACGUGUUACUGUACUUAUACCAUUAUAAUUUAAUGCCUACUCGAGAUGCUAUAGUUAUUGCUUUCAUUUUUUUUUUUUUUUUAAUGUUUUUCUUUAAGAAAUGCAUUACUUUAGUUUAAAUCGGACAUUUUUAGAAGUAGGCACGUUUAAAAUGUGAUAAAGUAAUACAUUUUUGCCUUAAAAUAUUCGAUUGUAGGACGGUUAAAAAUGUACAAUACAGAACGGAUGUUUUCUUUUUAUUUAUGUUAUCGGUACGGGUGCGGUUUAGGGGUUUUUGAAAGUUUCACGUGCCGUCUCUGAUUGGUUAAUCGAACACUUCGUUACUUAAUCAUUUAUUAUGAUUAUUUAUUGGUGUUUUUAAAGUAGAAAUUUGGGUUUAGUUUAUAUAUUAGUAUUCCGUUUUAACGUAGAAUUAUCUCAGGGAUACUAUGGUACUAAUUCUAAGAGAUUCGUUGAGUUGAAUUCUACUGUAUUUUCGUUAAAUAUUCUCCCUCCCCCUCUCCAAAUAUUCCUUAACUGUAAAAGGUGGAAUGUAUGUAAACCUAAUGCACGGAAAUUCGUCUACACUUUUCCCUAUUGACUUACCUUAACAACACUCGUCAUAUCUUCUACGUUGAAUCAUAUCUGACUGUGAGUAGAGUAAAUUAUACAGACACUCGACACACAAAAGAAAACAGCCUCACCGAACACGAAUACACAGCAUUUAUACAUAAAUAAACAAAUGCAUUAUAUCUAGCAGUAAGGGUGUCUUUACUGCAGGUGUUUCUCUGAUUCGAGAGGAUCGAUGCUGCUCGGUUUUUUUUUUCUAUCUCUCUCUCUCUCUCUAUCUAUCUCUCUCUUAUCUUUCUCUAUCCAUACAUUUCUAUACUCUAUCUAUCUAUCUCGUAAGUGUUAGCUAUUUACGUUUAGCUAUAUUAAAGCUACGGUCGAUUAAAAUAAUAAUAAUAAUAAAAGGAGGUAGAUUUUGUUACGGAUAGAAAAUUUAAUACCCGAUACACGACGAACAACACAUAAAUAACAACAGAAAGAGCUUAAAUUUCGAUCUUAGGAUUGUUGUUGUUGUUGUUGUUAUUAUUAUUAUUGUCACGAUUAAGCCCAACAGAAAUUGUACAUCGAUCGAUCUGUGAUUUCGCUGUAGAACCACCCCAAAAAUAUAUAUAUAAAUAUAUAUAUAUAUAUAGGUUAAACGGACAAUCCGACCGAAGCGAGCGUCACUCAGGUAACGUGGUCAAUUAAUCUAUGCGUAGAGAUACAAGGAUUUUACAAUAGAUUAUAUAUAUAUAAAUAUACUUGUAAUUCGGAAGCCUUCGAGCCGCGCUCGCUCUCAACAAGAAAUGAAAUAAUACCACGUCGUUUACGCUCAAACUAGAGCUUAGUACAGAGCACAAACCAGCAACUGCCUAAAAACAAUAGUUUUUUUUUUUUCUUUCUUUCUUUCUUUUACGUAUUGCGCCAUUUCGUCGACUGGUGGAGUCAUUCGAUGUAUCCUUUUUUUAAUACAUAUAUAUAUAUAUAUAUAUACAGUUCGCCCUUAUAAAGGAAAGGCAUUCAUUACGGAAUAACCCUUUAAAUGACGUAACCGUUUUACGGAUUUUUUUGGAGACGACAGCACGUUUUCUGACGUGAUGACGUUGGUCGAGGGUCGAACCACAGUCCCAUCACUGCCAUUUAAGGGGCUUUCCUAGCCAAAAACGAAAUAAAAAAAUAAUAAUAAACGACUCGAAGGCUUUCCGUUCGGCCGUACGCUUUUCGUAUUCGCCUUUUUAUUCUCUGCAGGGCGACGAUCCAACAGCAAUCUUUGCCCCUCCCCCCUCUCCACCCUUUCUUUCUUUAGUGUUUAGAAUCUGAUAGGGAUUUUUUUUUUUUUUUUUCCCUUCUUUUUUCCCUUCUUACUUUCCAACGGUACGUCGAUGCAGCUACAUUUUGUUCGAGAUGAGAUCGUGCCUUGUAACAUUUCUGUAUUCAAAGUUUACACCGCUUUAACACUACAGAACGGUCUUAGAGAUAUUUGUUUUUCGUUUGUCUGCUCGUCUGAACGUGUAAAAUUUGGAUUUUUUGGCCAACUUUCGCUUUCCAGCAAAAAAAAAAAAAACGGAGGCGGUUUCUCUUAUAAGUCUCUCGUCGAAAAUUCCUGUUUGUAAAUACAAAAGAAAAAAAGAUCCCCCCCCACAAAAAAAAAAAAUCUGUUUAUAAAUCGAAGAGUUUUGUCAAAUAGAAUAUUCAAAAUAUAUUAUCAUAUGUAGAAAAUAUAAUGCUAUUUGAUAAUAUUAAACUUUUGAUCGAUACUAAAAAACUCUGUCCACUGAAGAUAUAUAUGUAUGUAUUUACGUGUUUUAUCGACCGCAAUAACUACUCGCUUAUCGGGUGAUGAUGUCACCUUAACCGCGUUAUAAACGGGGCCGUCGUCCCACCGAUCGAACGGAACGAAAACCCUCGUUGUAACGUCGCUUCCGGUGGAAAACUAGAUGCCGAUUUAAUACAGGUGAUCGCGAUUUUUACGUCACCGGCGAAAGAUCGUUGUCCCAUUUAGAGUGACGUAAGACGCGAUGAGAGCUUAACGGUCUCCGAUUGUGCUACAUUCUUCACUUAACAAGUCACUUUCCUCGGUCGUGUUUAUCACCGGGACGAAAGGGAUUUGCACUCUCUACUUCCCUCCCCUCGCUCUCUCUCUCUCUCUUUCUCUCUCCUCGCGGAGGUUUUAGUGGAUUCUACGACUCUACGUCGUUAAACAGAAGAUGACACUCCGAUCUCUGGCUUUACCUGCAUCAACGUAACGCAGUACCGCGAAAUGGGGUGGGCCAAACUCUUGGAAGUCGAAUUUAUUCCCUCCCUCCUCUACGAAAAGAAGCAACGCGACGAAAAUAAGUCGCUCUGGCUAACGUCCAGUUUCUCUCUCGCGUAAAUACUAAAAGGCUUGUUUUUUUUAUAUAUAUAUAUUCUAACGUCACGUUGCGUAAAGGUCGGUUGAGGUGACCAAUAAGGUGUUCGGUAAAUAAAAACAAUUUUUCGAUAAACUAGUUUCGCCAUUUCUAUUUUCGGAACGGCUAAAGAGAAAGCGAUUUUCUCUGGCACGCUUCGAUGCUUCUAAAAAAACAAAUAAUAAUAAAAAAAACUGUUUAUGUGUAUAUGUGUAUAUAUAUAUAUAAUGCUCACGAAGGUCAGUAACGUUUCCGGAACUACCCCACAUCGAUGUUAGUACGCGUUAAAUAUAGAAAAAAUUGAAUCGCUUCCGUACGUGGCGAGAAAUCGCUAUCGUAAUCGCUAUUUAACGAUUUAUCGCGUGGUUCGUGUUUGUUUGUUUAUCCGUCUUCGGCGGCGUAAAAACAAAACUCGAUGCGUAGUAUCGGGUGACGAAUUGGUCCCUUUUUUUCUCGCGUGUGAUGCGGAAUAUGUAAAAUAAAAUUUGGUCUCGGCUCAAGUUCGUCACAGCACUAAAUUUGGAUAUAUUUUUUUAGUUACUUAGUCGAAAUUUCCCAAUGGGACAUUUUCCUCCGAGGAUGGGAAAGAAAGAAAAAGAAAAAGAAAAAAAAGUCAGGACUGGCAACGACACGUCAAACAACGAACUCGACUAUUAUUAGAAUUAGCAUCGAACAGGUAACAAUGAACGUACAGGUAGAAUCAGACUGUUGGAAUGGUGCCCUGGACGUAAUUCUGGAGAGAGUAACGACUUUCAUUGGGGAAAAUGCUACCGACACUAGGAACGUUACGCUGUUUGAUCCUGGAAAAAAUUCCUCCUCCCUCUUUCCCCGACGUCUUCGACCCCUCGGUGACUUACCGGGGAUGCGGUUCGGACCACGUUUUAAUAAUAAAAAAUAGCUUGGGGGGGAGGUAGACGACCCGAACGUGUGCCACCGAAACUAUUCGUUAAAUAUUGUGCGAAAGGACUACGUAGUUGUUUUGGCCCCGUGUUUGUUUUUGUUUUUCCUUCCCCCUUCGGAUCACGAGACAGCUGGGUGCGUUCUUUCCUCCCUUCCUUCCAGCUGAUCCGGGUUAUUUUUAGAAGGGAUGCUAAAUGCGCGCGCAUCUAUCUGGGAAUAAAAUAAGCGGCGCUGCUGCGAACGGCAAACAAACCGGGGCAAAUCGUUAUUCUCUUUCGUAGGACCCUAUUUAUACAGUCAAGACGUACAACGUGGUAGUUGCAAUGGCGGGUAAGGCCGUCAUUAAAGUGGUACAUCGUUGCACCGAUGCCACCGUUAACCAGAACCUAGAUCUGUCGGAAUGCCAGCUGAUGUCCUUUCCGGACGCCAUUUAUCACCUGAUGAGGAACACGGUGCUGCUGGGAUGCGAUCUCUCCUCCAACGUCCUCCGCAAGCUGCCUUCCAAGUUCGCCAUUAAGUUCGUUUACAUAACAGAGUUGAACCUGGCCAACAACCGACUCAGCACACUUCCCGACGAACUCCUGGACGUGACGGAGCUUCAGAGACUGGACAUCUCCAGAAACGACUUCCUGUCGUUGCCCAAAGUGGUCUUCAAACUUCCCAGACUCACCCACCUGAAUGCCCAGAAGAACUACAUCUCCGAGGUGGACGUGAACAGACUCAAGAGCGCUCCUGCGCUUCAAGAGGUGGAUCUGAGAAACAAUCCCUUGGACAGAUCCAACUUGGGACAGUUAAUGGAAUUCAAGUCGCCCCGGUUGACCGUUCAGGUUAGUCCUCUAGCGGAGGAGGACGAGGACUUGAAGGAUCUCUUGGAGUUCGAGGACGAUCCUCUACCUUCGGAUCGGAACCGCGACUAAAAAGUUCCGACUUUUAUAUUUUAUUGGAGCUCGCCCCGAGCUACACGUCGGACCGGAUGCUCGAUUGUCCGAGUAUUCUUCCGGUCCUAUUUAUUUAAAUUUUCUUUUUUUUUUUUACCGGUUACGUACCAUUCUGUAUAUAUAUGCCUCGCGCGUCUUCACGCCCUAUCGAGCAUUCGGAUCGUCGCCCGUAUUCCCCGCUUUCUUCGCCGUUAUAUCGAAUAUUCAGCCGCGCGUGAGCGUGACUCCAGGAAAGUACGCAGCGAUUUUCGAAUAACCCCCCCUAGGCACGAACCCUCUCUCUCCCCUUUUAAAUUUUUAAACUAGCGACUAAAGUAAAGCAUUCCGUUCCCACCCGAAAAAUAAAUAAAAUAAGAAAGGAAGGAAGGAAGUCGGAGAUUGGGAAGAAAAGCGCGGGUUCGGACCCGACGAUCCAUGUACAUAAGUUUUUUUAUAUAUAUGUAUACCGAACGUGCCUUAGUCUUUCGGCCGUCUCGGCAGUUGGCGUGCCGUUAGUUUUGAUAAAUUUUGGAUUUUAUAUAAAAGGGGGCGCUCGUCCUAUCGGAGCGCCAUCUUUCGUUGGAUAUAGUGUAGCUUGUGGCGCCACACCACGACUGGUUCGUAGCGAAAGAAGAGAAGAUCGGAGGUCGAGCGCCCGUUAGAACUGUUGGGGUUGCUUCGCGCGUUCACUUUGUUUUCGAUAUAAAUGUUUUUUGUAUUAACGAGAUUGAGAAGAAUUAAUUAAUAAAAGAUAUGACUCGUGUC